AUGAAGGCGUUGCGUGAAUUAAAAAACACGUUUAAGGAUCUUGGACUUGCAAACGCGAAACUGAAUCCUGUUGUUCACUCUACACAAAAGCAUGAAACUACGCUCUUGCCACCAAAAAUGGUGAUUAGAGCCACCGCAGACUAUGUACCUGAAUCUCCGCAUGAGCUCAGUUUCCACAAAGGUGACUUUUUUUAUGUGCACACCAGCGCCGAUCCGGGCCAACAGUCUUGGAUUGAGGCAUGCAACCCAGCCACUGAUGCUCGAGGAUAUGUGCCUCUAACUCAUUUUGAGAUCAUUUCGCGCACAAAACCACGAACGACUGUACCGCUUUCUACGAAAAGUGAAUUGAAUCCAAAUGGACUGCCAAGCACACCUAGCACAACCGAAUCGUUUAUUUCAAACUCUUCAAGUUCGGUAUGCACCAAUGGCGGUACAUUUGCAACAAUGAAGUUUGACUUCAAGGCUGAGCUCCCGCACGAACUCUCUGCAAAAGAGGGUGAAGGUGUGUUUGUCAUGGCAAGAUCCAAUGAUGAGUGGCUCGUAGCAAAGCCGCUUGAAUACCUCAGUGCACCCGGAUUGAUUCCAACAAGCUAUAUCACUUUUCGGGAUAUGCGAUCUGGUCAAGCAUUAUCUUCGGAGGAAAAUGUAUCUGUUCUAUCUGGCAUACCAUCAGUAUACGAAUGGGGUGAGCAAAAUAGGCGAUACUGUGAACAAAUCGUUCCCCUUGAGGACAUUAACAACCACAAGUUGCAUGACAGCAAUUCUCUCAAAAUGUCAAAGCAGGGACGCCUUUCGAAGCUGCUCCCUGCGACACCACACUAUUAUUAUAACAUGGAUGACUACUUUUCCUCGUUAGAAACGAUCAACCACUCACAAGCAUACAAUAUGCCACUCAUCGAAACCACUAUGCCUCGUGAUGUGCCGUCACGAUCAACCAAACUCACCCUAGUCGCAGUGGAUCACAUUCACAUGGAUGAACAAAGUUCCCGUUUCUGUGUGCAUCUUUUUUAUACGUACAAAGUACCCUCAAGCUCCACCCCCAUGUACAAGCAUCACGAAUUACUACUCAAUCGUCUCUAUUCCGACUUUGUUUCUCUGCGGCAUUCUUUACAAGAGGAACUUGCAUCCUAUCUACCUCUUGCAGCCUUGUCGCAAAAUCUUCCCAGCCUUCCGCCGGGAUCGACUGGGACUGCUGAAAUGGAUCACAAGGCCAUAUCGAGCUUUUUGCAUGGUUUCUGUGCAUUGCCAGAUUUCAUUCUGCAGUCAUCUUCUGUCCAGAUAUUUCUUGACGUGCGAUCUUAUGACCAAUGCCACAUAACUACGACCCAACACAACAUACCACAAAGUACGAUGCUAAGGAGAGCAUGUGCUCGACAUAUUCCUGACAUGUACUCAGCUCCUAACUUGCCCGCAGACAGCCAAAAUAUCGACUCUACCAUCCACACGGCACCAGCAGGUUCUGACACCACAUCUCUUUCUGACACUUAUUAUCAUCGCAUUAAAAUUAUACACCAAGGAGACACAUCCAAAGUUGUGGCUCUGCGUGUCCCAUCAGUUAUAUGCUAUGAUUCUCUCAUGCAGAGAAUUGAGGAAAAACUCGGUACGAAGUUUCAAGCGCUUCAAUCGACGGAAACCUCGCCAGACCAAGGCUGCAUACAAACGGACGAGCAUCUUCAGUCAUGGUUAGACACGUCCCGUGCGCACGGCAAGAAACUAAUUCUAGUCGCCAGUCCCAUGCGCCAAAUACCAUAG